CUCUGCGUCUCCUUGCACGCAGAACGUGUAUGUGAACAUCAAUCGCAUCAUGUCAGUGGGGAACCGACUCCUGGAGUCGGGCCACUACGCCUCCCAGCAGAUCCAGCAGAUCUCAGGCCAGCUGGAGCAGGAGUGGAAGGCCUUCGCUGCGGCACUGGAUGAACGCAGCACCCUGCUGGAGAUGUCUGCCAGCUUCCACCAGAAAGCAGACCAGUACAUGAGCAAAGUGGAGCCAUGGUGUAAAGCGUGUGGAGAAGGUGAGCUGCCGUCUGAACUCCAGGACCUGGAAGAUACAAUCCACCAUCACCAGGGCCUCUACGAGCACAUAACCACCGCGUACGCCGAGGUGAGCCAGGACGGCAAGUCUCUGUUGGACAAGCUGCAGCGACCUUUGACCCCAGGGAGUGCCGAUUCGCUAAUGGCAUCGGCGAACUACUCCAAGGCCGUGCACCACGUCCUGGACAUCAUCCACGAGGUUCUGCAUCACCAGAGGCAGCUGGAGAACAUCUGGCAGCAUCGCAAAGUCCGCCUGCACCAGCGCCUGCAGCUGUGUGUCUUCCAGCAGGAUGUGCAGCAAGUGCUGGACUGGAUAGAAAACCACGGCGAGGCCUUCCUCAGCAAACACACCGGCGUGGGGAAGUCUUUGCACAGGGCCAGGGCUCUGCAGAAGAGGCACGAAGACUUUGAGGAGGUCGCACAGAACACCUACACCAACGCUGACAAGCUGCUGGAAGCGGCGGAGCAGCUGGCCCAGACGGGGGAGUGCGACCCGGAGGAGAUCUACCAGGCCGCCCACCAGCUGGAGGAUCGCAUCCAGGACUUCGUGCGGCGAGUGGAGCAGCGCAAAGUCCUGCUGGACAUGUCUGUGGCCUUCCACACACAUGUCAAAGAGCUGUGGACGUGGCUGGAGGAGCUUCAGAAGGAGCUGCUGGACGACGUGUACGCGGAGUCGGUGGAGGCCGUGCAGGACCUGAUCAAGCGCUUUGGGCAGCAGCAGCAGACGACGCUGCAGGCCACAGUCAACGUCAUUAAGGAGGGGGAGGGUCUCAUUCAGCAGCUAAGAGACUCUGCCAUCUCCAGUAACAAGACUCCCCACAACAGCUCCAUGGCCCACAUCGAGAGUGUGCUGCAGCAGCUGGACGAGGCUCAGGGCCAGAUGGAGGAACUCUUCCAGGAGAGGAAGAUCAAGCUGGAGCUCUUCCUCCAGCUACGCAUCUUUGAGAGGGAUGCGAUCGACAUCAUCUCAGACCUGGAGUCAUGGAACGAGGAGCUGUCGCAGCAGAUGAGCGACUUUGACACAGAGGACCUGACGCUGGCCGAGCAGAGGCUGCAGCAUCACGCCGACAAGGCCCUGACCAUGAACAACCUCACCUUCGACGUCAUCCACCAGGGACAGGAGCUGCUGCAGUACGUCACAGAGGUCCAGGCGUCCGGUGUGGAGCUGCUGUGCGACAGAGACGUGGACAUGGCCACGCGGGUGCAGGACCUGCUGGAGUUUCUCCAUGAGAAGCAGCAGGAGCUGGACUUGGCGGCGGAGCAGCACCGGCGGCAUCUGGAGCAGUGUGUCCAAUUGAGGCACCUACAAGCAGAGGUCAAACAGGUCCUGGGCUGGAUCCGUAACGGGGAGUCCAUGCUGAACGCCGGUCUGAUCACAGCCAGCUCAUUACAGGAGGCCGAACAGCUGCAGAAGGAACACGAGCAGUUCCAGCACGCGAUCGAGAAAACCCAUCAGAGUGCGCUGCAGGUGCAGCAAAAAGCCGAGGCCUUGCUGCAGGCCAAUCACUACGACAUGGACAUGAUCCGGGACUGUGCAGAGAAGGUGGCAGACCACUGGCAGCAGCUGAUGCUGAAGAUGGAGGACAGGCUGAAGCUGGUCAACGCCUCCGUGGCCUUCUACAAGACCUCUGAGCAGGUGUGCAGCGUGCUGGAAAGCCUGGAGCAGGAGUACAAAAGGGAAGAAGACUGGUGCGGGGGUGCCGAUAAGCUGGGUCCGAACAGCGAGUCCGACCACGUCACUCCCAUGAUCAGCAAACAUCUGGAGCAGAAGGAGGCCUUCCUCAAGGCCUGCACGCUGGCCCGGCGCAACGCUGACGUCUUCCUCAAGUACCUGCACAGGAACAGCGUCAACAUGCCGGGCAUGCUGUCCCACGUCAAAGCGCCGGAGACUCAGGUGAAGAACAUAUUGAACGAGCUGCUGCAGAGAGAGAACAGGGUGCUCCACUUCUGGACCAUGAGGAAGCGGAGGCUGGACCAGUGCCAGCAAUACGUGGUGUUUGAACGCAGCGCCAAACAGGCCUUGGAGUGGAUCCACGACACGGGCGAGUUUUACCUGUCCACGCACACGUCCACUGGCUCCAGCAUCCACCACACGCAGGAGCUGCUGAAAGAGCACGAGGACUUCCAGAUCACAGCCAAGCAAACCAAAGAGCGGGUAAAGCUGUUGAUACAGCUGGCGGAUGGGUUUUGUGACAAGGGCCACGCCCACGCCCUGGAGAUAAAGAAAUGGGUCUCCUCCGUGGACAAGCGCUACCGGGACUUCUCUCUUCGCAUGGACAAAUACCGGACCUGCCUGGAAACGGCGCUCGGGAUCUCGUCUGACUCCAACAAGGCCAGCAAAGAGCUGCAGCUCGACAUAAUCCCGGCCAGCGCCCCGGGGUCAGAGGUCAAGUUGAGGGAUGCGGCCCACGAACUCAACGAGGAGAAGAGGAAGUCGGCUCGGAGGAAGGAAUUCAUAAUGGCCGAACUCAUUCAAACUGAGAAAGCCUACGUGAGGGACCUGCGCGAGUGUUUGGACACGUACCUGUGGGAGAUGACCAGCGGCGUGGAGGAGAUCCCCCCUGGUAUUGUGAACAAGGAGCUCAUCAUAUUUGGAAACAUGCAGGAUCUCUACGAGUUUCAUCACAAUAUCUUCCUGAAGGAGUUGGAGAAGUAUGAGCAGCUUCCAGAGGACGUUGGCCACUGUUUUGUGACCUGGGCCGAUAAAUUCCAGAUGUAUGUAAACUACUGUAAGAACAAGCCGGACUCCACUCAGCUCAUCCUGGAGCACGCUGGACCCUACUUUGAUGAAAUCCAACAAAGGCAUCGCCUCGCCAACUCCAUUUCCUCGUACUUGAUCAAACCAGUCCAGAGAAUUACCAAGUACCAGCUUCUUCUCAAGGAGCUGUUGACCUGCUGUGAGGAAGGUAAAGGUGAGAUUAAGGAUGGUCUUGAAGUGAUGCUCAGUGUCCCUAAGAGGGCUAAUGAUGCCAUGCACCUGUCUAUGCUUGAAGGUUUCGAUGGGAACAUUGACUCCCAAGGAGAGCUGAUACUCCAGGACUCCUUCCAGGUGUGGGAUCCCAAGACUCUCAUCCGCAAGGGUCGCGAUCGUCACCUCUUCCUCUUCGAAAUGUCGCUGGUCUUCAGCAAAGAAGUCAAGGACUCCAAUGGGCGCAGCAAAUACCUCUACAAGAGCAAGCUGUUUACAUCAGAGCUCGGCGUGACGGAACAUGUGGAGGGAGACCCGUGUAAGUUUGCGCUGUGGGUGGGAAGAACCCCGACGUCAGACAACAAGAUAGUCCUCAAGGCUUCCAGUCUUGAAAAUAAACAGGACUGGAUCAAACACAUUCGGGAGGUGAUCCAGGAGCGGACCAUCCACCUGCGCGGCGCUCUGAAGGAGCCCAUCCACAUCCCCAAGGCCACCACGGCCAAACACAAGGGCAGACGGGAUGGAGAAGAGCUGGAUAGCCAGGGAGAUGCCAGCAGCCAGCCGGACACUAUCUCCAUUGCGUCACGGACAUCCCAGAACACACUGGACAGCGAUAAGCUGUCCGGUGGCUGCGAGCUGACGGUGGUGAUCCACGACUUCGUGGCCGCCAACGGCAGCGGCGGGGAGCUGACGGUGCGCAGGGGCCAGACGGUGGAGGUCCUGGAGCGACUCCACGACAAGCCCGACUGGUGCCUGGUGCGCACCACCGACCACUGCCCGGCCCAGGAGGGCAUCGUGCCCUGCUCCGUGCUCUGCAUCGCCCACUCCAGGUCCUCCGUGGAGAUGGAGGGACUCUUCAACCACAAAGACACGCUGUCCGUGUCCAGCAACGACGCCCUGCAGCCCGGCUCCAGCCAGACGCUGGGCCAUCACAGCUCACCGGGCCCCAAGCGUCCAGGCAACACGCUGAGGAAGUGGCUGACCAGCCCCGUGAGGAGGCUCAGCUCCGGGAAGGCGGACGGCCACGUCAAGAAGCUGGCCCACAAGCACAAGAAGAACCGCGACGGCGCCAGGAAGAACAUGGACGCCAUCCCCGGCUCCCAGAAGGACUCGGACGACAGCGCCGCCACGCCGCAGGACGAGACCCUGGAGGAGCGCAUGCGCAACGAAGGGCUGAGCAGCGGCACCCUGUCCAAGUCCUCGUCGUCGGGAAUGCAGAGCUGCGGCGAGGAGGAGGGCGAGGAGGGGGCCGACGCCGUCCCCCUGCCCCCCCCCAUGGCCAUCCAGCAGCACAGCCUGCUGCAGCCCGACUCCCAGGACGACAAGUCCGCGUCCCGCCUCUCCGCUCGGCCCAGCAGCUCCGAGACGCCCAGCGCCGCCGAGCUGGUCAGCGCCAUCGAGGAGCUGGUGAAGAGCAAGAUGUCUCUGGAGGACCGUCCCAGCUCUCUGUCAGUGGAGCAGGGCGACAGCAGCUCCCCCUCCCUCAACCCCUCCGACAACUCCCUCCUGUCGUCCUCUUCGCCCGUCGACGAGCUCGACGAGCGCAAGUCCGGCUUCCUGAAGAGGAGACACUACGUGCUACUGGAGCUCGUGGAAACCGAGAGGGACUACGUCAGAGACCUGGGAUCGGUGGUGGAGGGCUACAUGAGCAGGAUGAAGGAGGAGGGCGUUCCGGACGACAUGAGAGGGAAAGACAAGAUCGUCUUCGGGAACAUCCACCAGAUUUAUGACUGGCACAAAGACUUUUUCCUGGGCGAGCUGGAGAAGUGCUUGGAGGAUCCCGACAGGCUGGCGCCGUUGUUCGUCAAGCAGGAGCGGCGGCUGCACAUGUACAUCGUGUACUGCCAGAACAAGCCCAAAUCGGAGCACAUCGUGUCCGAGUACAUCGACACGUACUUUGAAGACCUGAAGCAGCGACUGGGCCAUCGCCUGCAGAUCACUGACCUGCUGAUCAAACCUGUGCAACGCAUAAUGAAGUACCAGCUGCUACUGAAGGAUCUCCUGAAAGUGUCUAAGAAGGCAGGAGCAGACACCACAGAGCUGGAGAAAGCUGUGGAGGUGAUGUGCGUGGUCCCCAAACGCUGCAAUGACAUGAUGAAUGUUGGGCGCCUCCAGGGCUUCGACGGUAAAAUUGUAGCUCAGGGCAGGUUGCUGCUUCAAGACACCUUCAUGGUCUCGGACCAGGACGGAGGACUUCUGUCCAGGAUGAAGGAGAGGAGAGUCUUCCUGUUCGAGCAGAUCGUCAUUUUCAGUGAGCCUUUAGACAAGAAGAAGGGCUUCUCUACUCCCGGCUUCCUCUUCAAGAACAGCAUCAAGGUCAGCUGGUUGGGUCUAGAGGAAAAUACAGAUGACCCCUGCAAAUUCACGCUUACUUCCAGAUCCUCUAGUGGGAACCUAGAGAGGUACACCUUCCAUUCAACCAGCCCAGGAGUCAGUCAGGUCUGGGUCCACCAGGUCAGCCAGAUACUGGAGAAUCAGCGCAACUUCCUCAAUGCUCUGACGUCCCCCAUUGAGUAUCAGAGGAACCAUGUGGGUGGGGGUGGGCCGGGCGGUCCACCCAGCAGUAGCAGCAGCAGUACUGGAGGCCUGCCCGGGGGCAGCAGCUCCUCCAGCAUGGGAGGGGGAGGGGGCGGCGGCGGCUCCGGAGGAUCCGGGGACAGCUCCGCUUCUCUGUGCGGCCCUCGCUCGCGACCCUCCCGCAUCCCCCAACCGUCCUCGCGCCUUCCCCAACCCGUCCACCACCACCACCCCCCAGGCCCCGAGGGGCCUGACAGAACAGCAGAGUGAAGGCAGUAGCAGCAGCAGUGUGUCCACCAUGUUGGUGACCCAGGACUACGUGGCGGUGAAGGAGGAUGAGAUCAGUGUGGUGCAGGGUGAGGUGGUCCAAAUGCUGGCCAGCAACCAGCAGAGCAUGUUCCU